ACAUAUCAGAAUCAACAAAAGUCUCAACUUUCUAAACAAUUUCAAGUCAAUGGUUAACAGACAACGAUAAAUGCUGAACAGUUGAACUCAACCAAUGCGGUGUUAGCAGCUCCGUUUUUAGUCUACCCGUCCAGCUCAGCCAGGCUCAUAUUAGUUUUAAAGCAUUUGUAAAUUGUAUUUAGUAGUUAAACGUUAAUCUUUUAUUUGUUCAUGUAUUUGUUUGAGCCGAUUCUUCUAAAAAAGCGUUGAAGAUUGGAAUUCGCUUCUUUGGACUUGUUUUCAAAUGUUCAAAGCGUGAUUAAACGAAACAAGCAAAAUGUCGAGUAUGAGGCAAACACCGUUAACCUGCAGCGGACACACUCGGCCUGUUGUACAUCUUCAUUUUUCUGAUAUUACGGAUUCUGGUUACUAUUUAAUUUCUGCUUGUAAAGAUGGUAAACCUAUGUUACGACAGGGUGAUACGGGAGACUGGAUUGGAACAUUUGAAGGCCACAAAGGAGCUGUUUGGGGUGUUGCAUUGAACCCUCAGGCUACUAAAGCAGCAAGUGGAGCUGCUGAUUUUAAUGCUAAAGUAUGGAAUGCUAUUACUGGAGAUGAAGUUCAUUCAUUCCAGCACAAGCAUAUAGUCAAAGCUGUUGACUUUAGCAGAGACUCUGUGUAUUUAGCGACAGCUUCCAAUGAAAAGCUUGUUCGAAUUUUUGAUUUGAAUAAACCAGAUGCUGAUCCACAGGUACUUUCUGGACACACCAAUAGUAUAAGACACGUUACGCUUUUCAAUGACGAUACACAACUCAUUACUUGCGCCGAAGAUAAGACAUUGAGAGUUUGGGACAAGAAGAGCGGCGAGGAAGUUCGAAAACUCGAUUUUCCAGCUAUUCCAAGAUCUAUGGAGCUCUCGAGAGACGGGGCGAUUCUUACGACGACUCAUGCUAAUAUUGUAACAUUUUGGGAUAGCAAGGAGCUGACUAAGAUACGUGAGAUCACAGUACCGACUCAAGUCAACAGCGCGAGCUUACAUCCUGAUAAUAGUAUCUUCGUAUGUGGAGGAGAAGACUUUAAAAUGUAUAAGUUCGACUAUAUCACGGGUAAUGAAAUUGAGUCAUUCAAAGGCCACUUUGGUCCUAUUCAUUGUGUACGAUUUUCACCCGACGGUGAACUAUAUGCUAGCGGUUCGGAAGAUGGAACAUUGAGAUUGUGGCAAACAACUGUUGGGAAAACUUAUGGAUUGUGGCGUUGCAUCGAGCAUCCACCUGCAAUUCCAGAAAAUGCCGCAUUGGUCAACAGCAAGCCAGAAGUUAUUGCCAAUUAAAAAUAGGUGGUCUAAAUAUGCUCAAAAGAUUCCUAUAUUUUUUAUUGAAAAAAAUUUUUUAAUAUAGGAUCUUGAAUCCAUGCAUAAGUUCAGACUGAUCAAUAAAAAAAUGUUUUUUCUUGAAAAAAUUGAUAGUAUUUUACUGAUAGAUCGAAUGUCUCAAUGCAGAAUUACUUGUAAAUAAAAUAUGGAAAGCUUCUUCAAGAGCUGAAAAAUGACAAUGAAUGUGUUUUUUAUAUUAAUUUAAAGCAAGUAGUAAAUUAUUUGAGGUAUGUGAUAAAAAUAUCUUUUAUUUAUUUGUAAUACGCUAGACCAACCAUU